UGUAUUUGGAAGGAACAGCUGGAUAGAGGCAUGACAGUCAGGUGACUACUUGAAGAAAACUACGCUGUUGAAGGAAUUGUGUCUGUUUCAAUUGAUUUAGUCUCAGGUUCGAGCAUCUUCAUAGAGAAGCAGAUAUGACAUCUCACCCGCCCAAGUUCAAAUUGCUGUUCUCUGGGAAAGAAAGGAUGCAACGACUAAAGGAGGCUUUUCAGGAAAAGUAUGGAGAGCCCGCACUGUUCUACGCUUGUGCACCUGGACGAGUGAAUUUAAUAGGAGAGCACAUUGACUACUGUGGUUAUGCUGUGCUCCCUAUGGCCAUUGAGCAAAACAUUCUGGCUGCAGUCUCAGUUAACAACACUCAAACAAUUCACCUGGCAAACUCCAAUGAAAAAUACCAGGACUUCACGGUGGCAUCUGACAGCAUUGCCAUUGACGGAGACAAUCCUCAGUGGCAAUAUUACUUCCUAUGUGGAGUGAAGGGGAUUCAGGACCAACUAGGCUUGUCUCCUCUGGCUGGGAUGCGGUGUGUGGUGGACGGAACCAUCCCUGCCAGCUCAGGCCUCUCCAGCUCCAGCGCGCUCGUCUGCUGCGCUGGUCUCGUCACCAUGGAGGCCAACCGCAAAGCCCUCUCCAAAGUGGAGCUGGCAGAGGUGUGUGCCAAGUGUGAGCGCUACAUCGGCACAGAGGGUGGGGGCAUGGACCAGUCCAUCUCUUUCCUGGCAGAGGAGGGAACGGCCAAACUGAUCGAGUUCAACCCGUUGCGGGCCACGGACGUGAGGCUGCCAGACGGAGCCGUGUUUGUGAUCGCCAAUUGUUGUGUGGAGAUGAACAAGGCCGCCUCUUCUCAUUUCAACAUCAGGGUGGUGGAGUGCAGGAUAGCAGCCAAGGUGCUGGCAAAAGCAGGAGGGUUGGAGUGGGAGCAUCUUCAGAAGCUGCGGGAGGUGCAAGAAGAGCUGGGGCUGAGCCUGGAGGAGGUGCUUGGCCGUGUGGAGGAGGUGCUGCACCCAGAGCCCUACAGCAGAGAGGAGGUGUGCAGUACUCUGGGCAUCACCCCCCAACAGCUCAACGAGAGCAUCCUCAGCACCAACACACAGCAAGUCACCCAGUUCAAGCUUUACCAGCGGGCGAGGCAUGUGUAUGGGGAGGCUGCGCGGGUGCUGCGCUUUAAGAGCGUGUGCGACUCCUCUCCUGCUGAUGCGCUGGUGCAGCUGGGCCAGCUCAUGAACCAGAGCCACCAGAGCUGCAGGGACCUGUACGAGUGCAGCUGCCCACAGCUCGACCGACUGGUGGACAUCUGUCUGCAAGCGGGCGCUCUGGGCUCCAGGUUAACUGGAGCAGGCUGGGGAGGAUGCUCUGUUUCCAUGGUACCCAGUGAAAAGACGCACUCUUUUCUCCGGACUGUCAGGGAGACAUAUUAUCUGCCUGAUGCUCGCCUCGCAGCUCUGGAGAAGCAGAGCCUGUUUGUCACGAAGCCAGGAGGAGGGGCAGCUAUUUUUACCGAAGACAAGUGAGAAGGUCCUCAAGGCCAUCGCCAUAGAACAGCCUUUAGAUCUCAUCAAAGCACCAGUUCUCUGGUCAGAUCAAGCAUCUGGAAAAGGGAAAAUAAAGAGAAGGUGUAUACUGCAUCAGAAACUAAA